AUAUAUAAUAAUACUUUUAUUCAAUGACCACUCUAGUACUUCAGAUAGGUUCAACUCCUAUUUACAGUAAUGCCCUUGGGAAGACUCUUCGACGUCCUCAGUCUUCCACCUGCAUCAUAGUGGCCGAAACCACACCAUGUAGGAAGACUCCCAUAGUUCAUCGUCGUUCCGCGAACUAUCAGCCUUCUCUUUGGGACCAUCACCAUCUUCUCUCGACCGAGAAUAAAUAUGCGAAAGAUAAAAGUGUACCAGCAGAGAGAGAUUUGUUGAAGGAAAAAGUGAGAAAGAUGCUUAAUGAUAAGAAGAAGACUUAUGUUGACCUAUUGGAGUUCAUUGAUGAUCUACAGAAACUCGGGAUUUCUUAUCAUUUUGAAGCGGAAAUCGAUAUCAUUUUAACAUCUUCUUACCAAAAAGAGAGAACAAACGUCCGGGAGAGUGACCUACAUGCCACCGCACUCGAAUUCCGACUUUUCAGACAACAUGGUUUGAAUGUUUCAGAAGCGUCGUAUCUUUCGACAAAGUCGGAUACAAAACUGCAAAAAUGCAUCAGACCUUUUGCAACACAACAACUCAGAGAGUUUGUUGAUACUCAUAGUAAUGAAAAUUGUGGAUCGUGUGACAUGGUGGAGAUGGUGGUCCAAGCGUUAGAUAUGCCCUACUAUUGGCGAAUGAGAAGGUUAGACACCAGACGGUACAUAGAUGUGUAUGGAAAGAGACAUAACAAGAACCUUGUCCUAAUUGAAUUUGCCAAGCUUGAUUUUAACAUCGUACAAGCUAUUCAUCAAGAGGAACUCAAACACGUAUCCAGCUGGUGGAGGGAGACAGGUUUAGGUAAGCAACUCUACUUUGCAAGAGACAGGAUAGUGGAGAAUUAUUUUUGGACGAUUGGACAAAUCCAAGAGCCUCAAUACGGAUACGUUCGACAAAUAAUGACUAAAAUAAAUGCACUUCUUACUACUAUUGAUGAUAUCUACGAUAUCUAUGGCACUCUUGAAGAGCUUGAACUUUUCACUUCCGCAUUUGAAAAUUGGGAUAUAAAUCGUCUUGAUGAACUCCCCGAGUAUAUGAGGUUGUGUUUUCUUGUUGUAUACAAUGAAGUCAAUAGCAUUGGAUGUGAUAUUCUAAGAAAUAAAAAUAUCAACGUGAUCCCAUUCCUCAAAAAAUCUUGGACAGAUGUAUGCAAAGCAUAUUUAGUAGAAGCAAAGUGGUACAAAAGUGGGCACAAACCAAAUUUGGAAGAGUACAUGCAAAAUGCUUGGAUUUCAAUCUCGGCCCCAACAAUAUUUGUUCACUUCUACUGCGUAUUCUCUGCCCAGCUCUCUCUUAAGGUCUUGGACACUUUGUCCGAACACCAACAAAACGUCGUCCGAAGCUCUGCCUCAGUGUUCCGUCUAGCCAACGACCUUGUAACCUCAUCGGAUGAAUUGGCGAGAGGAGACGUCUGCAAAUCAAUCCAAUGUUACAUGAGUGAAACUGGAGCAUCAGAGGAUAAGGCGCGUUCACAUGUUCGGCAGAUGAUCAACGACUUGUGGGAUGAAAUGAAUUACGAGAAAAUGGCACAUAGCUCUUCGCUACUCCAUCAUGAUUUUAUGGAAACAGUGAUAAACUUGGCACGCAUGUCUCAAUGCAUGUAUCAAUAUGGUGAUGGCCAUGGCUCUCCCGAAAAAGCCAAAAUCGUUGAUCGUGUCAUGUCCAUAAUCUUCAAUCCGAUUCCUUUAGAUUGAACUUCAGAUUACAUUAUAUUGAAUAUCAUAUGGUUUUUAGAUAAUCAAAGAUAUAAAUUAAAGUUCCAUGA